UGCUCCGUGGCGACAGCUCGCGGAGUCGACAAUGUCAAAACGGAGCAGAUUACUUUUAGAAUUGCAUAAAGAUCAUGUCGGAGGAGGAGGGCGAAACAAUUAUUCCUCCUGUAUCGGAGGAGAACCAAGGAGAAGCAGGGAAUGAGGAGCACGCGGAUGAAGCAAAGCCAGAAGCAGAGGACCAAGGAGAAGCAGGGAACGAGAAGGAGACAUCGCCGGAAGUAAGUGCCUCGGAGGACCAAGGAGAACCAGGAAAUGAGGAACAAGCGAACGAGGCCUUACCAGAAAAUGAGCAAGGGCAGGCGGGGAACGAGGACGACACUGCACCGGCUGUAAACCUCUCAGAGGACCAAGGAGAACCGGGCAACGAGGGUGAAAGCACGUUCGAGGACCGUGAAGAUGAACGAGGGAAUGAUGAGAGCUUAUCACAAGUACAAGCUUUCGAGGACCAAGGAGAAGCGGGGGACGAGGAGGAGACCUUAUCCGGGGUGAACAACUCGGAAGUCCAAGAAGAACAAGGGAGGACGGAGGAUGAGGAGGCAAACGGCUCAGCGGGAGUAAAGAGCUCAGAUGAAGGACCGCGAGGCGAGGAGGAGCCGGCCGGCAGCUCGACGCCAGGGCAAGCGGCUCGGGAUGAACAGAGCCCCUCGGAAGCCACAGUGGAGCCGCACGGCGCCGUCGCCACGGAGAUGACGUCAUCCGACCCCGACGCUCACCUGCUGCUCACCGAUGACGAUUCGGAGCGGGAAGAUCGGACCAACGUCAUCAAUGUGAGCCUGAUCACCGAGGACGGCACGCCGCCGCAGGACUCGCCGGCAGAGGCGGAGCCUCCCCGGCGGCAGAAGGCCUUCCUGGGCGGUUACAGGCACAAGCUGACGGCCGCCGAGUACCACCACGCCGCUUCCCAGACGCCGCGCAGAGCCCGGCCCGGGCGAGGUGUGGACAUCGUCAGCCGCGACGCGCAGACGGCAGAGCUGGUGCCUCAGACGCAGCAGUGCGCCUCCAACGUCACCACGCAGAUGACCACCGUAGGAUGCUACAUCUCCAACAUGGAGGACAAGCUGCUCAGUCCGGGUUGCUACGUCACCGCCGACGAGUAUCACCAAACCAGGCUCAACGCUGUGAUCCGCCUGCAGGCGCACACCCGCCGCUGGCUGAGCUGCCGGGCGGUGGACCGGCUGAGGCGGCAGCGCGACCGCCGUCUGGCCUGGCUGGACCUUCAGGAGCGCAGGAGGCACGAGGAGCGGGCCGAGCAGCUGCAAGACAGCCACAACCGCUGGAUGCAACCGCGCAAGAGGGAGGACCUCAACCUGCUCUACAACGCCCUGGAGAAGUGGAGGAACGACAAGGAGCGUCAGAUCAACGCGACGCUGCGGGGGGCCGAGAGGAAAGCGGCCCUGUGCUCGCUGCUGGAGCAGGAGACGCAGUACAUCGCCACCAUCGGGCGCCACGGCAUCGCCAUCAAGAGCAACAGCUACGACAAAGCCGUCAGGAAGUUCCUGGACAAGUCGUCGACGCCUCACCAGUGGCGGGCGGCGGACGGGCGCCUGAUCGAGAUGGACACGCCCGACACCAUCCGAGCCAGGGAGCUGGGCGAUCUCUACGACUGCGUGGCCAUGUCGCCCGUCAGCCAAGAGCAGCGGCUCGACAUCCUCCUCUGCCUCAAGCAAACUGUGGAGGCACACCCGUGCCCGCUGACUCGGGACAUCGUGGAGCUGAUCAACAGGGAGGAGGACCUGAUGAGACGACAAGUGAAGGCGGCCAACCUGGAAGGUCUGAGGAAGAGGCUGUGCACGUACUUCCUGCAGUUCAUCCGCACGCCGGGAUUCAACCCCGAGGUGGCCAAGCACCUCAAGGUGCCCCAGAACACGUCACAGCUGAAGAACGACGUGUUCCUGUGCCACGGCUGCCAACGCUACCUGAGCUCCGCCCACUUCCGCUCGUGCGCCCGGGUCCACAUCAACCGCCGCUGCCUGGACUGCGCCCGGCUCAAGAACGUGGCCGGCAGCCGCGACGACUUCUCCUGCUACAAGAACAUCCUCAAGAGGCUGAGGGACGCAGAGCUGCUCCUCAACAAGGACAACUUCAUCCCCUUCAUCCUGCAGGUGGAGGACAUCCAGUACCUGGUGGAGGUCAUCUGGGGGUCCCGCUCGGCCCUGAGCGGCAGCAGCGACCUCUACAACCUGGUCCUGGUCCGCUGGGAGCGCCACAAGGACUGGAGCCCCUGGAACUGCGUCCUGCUCUGCAAAGAAGAGACGGACGCUCACCUCCUGGUGGAGGACUUGCUCAAGGAGUACGACGUCCCCAUCGUCCGAAACGUGGAGCACAAACACUUGCUGGCGCGCCGCCACUACAACCACAUCACCGCCAUGACCGUCCACUCGGCCAAAGCUGCGGCCGCCGCCGCCGCCGCCGCCGCCAAACGUGGAGGCUGCAGGACCUGAACGAGAGCCACAAUAUUUGCUGGACGGGGGUGGGGGGGGUCUCAGUCCGUUGGAGCCUUCUGCACUGCUACAAAGUCAAACAUGUCAAUAAUAAAUCAAUAAAUAAGAAAUCUCAUCAGUGUGUUACUGGUGACAAAGAAUAAGAAGUCGUAGGCAAUAUAUA